AUGCCGGUGACCAGGAGCCAAGCAGAGGGAGGAGAACCAGCAGUGGAUAAGCAGCAGGAGGACAAAAAUGGAUCGUUCUUCGGCCGACUGGGUGGAUUCUUCGCUGGAGCGCCGAUCAGAUCACCGGAUGGAAGUGUGUCGAGUGGUUCAGGAAGUGUGAAAUCUGCGAUUGCCAGAAGGAACGCUGCUCUCGCCCAAGUCGCCGGAUUCAAGGAAGAGAAGAAACAGCAAGUUUAUCAAUGUGAAUUGGAGUUGAACGAUUUAGAAGCCGACUUGUGUGAAAUGGAAGAUAAGUUGGACACUGCGAACAAGAAGUUAGUUGCACUUGAUCCAUGCGCACAAGAUGAAGAGUCGACAGCUCUGAAGGAGGAAUGUCAACAAUUGAAGAAAAGCAUUCGUUUGAAGACUCUUCAAGUUCAACGAAAGAAAAUAAAACUCAGAAAGAUCCAAGAUGAGAUUGAGGAGUUACCUGAACAAAAGAAGCUGCUCGAAAGUGUUCUGGAUGAGAUGGAAGAGCAAACGUUGUCUGAUGAAGACGAUCAAGCAGAAGUUAGGAAGGAGUGGGCGGAGAAAAGGCUGUCACUACCUUCAGUUAGCAAAAGUUAUGACGACUUGGUUCAACGCUUCACUCAACUGCAGCAACCUUUCCGAAUUGAUGAGGAAGUGAAAGCCAGUCGAGAAAUGGAGAAAAGCUUAGAAUCCAAGGAGAAAGGUGAUCAUCAAGAUGGAGAUAGUAAUAAAGAUCCAAUGGCAGAAGCAUUAAAAUCAAUUGCGUCGAUUCUGAAAACUCAGCAAGUUCAACAGUUAACUUCUUCUAGUUCGACAGAGAAGUUUAUUGCUCGUCAGUCGCACUCUAAAGAUCUUCCGUUCUUCAGUGGCAAGCCCGAGGAGUGGCCUAGCUUCAUAAGUGAUUUUAAGAGGACGACGGAAGUCUGCGGCUACACGAAGAGUGAAAACUUGACCAGAUUGAGGAAGUGUUUGAAAGGUGAUGCAUUGGAUUCUGUUCGUUGUAUGAUGAUUUCUCCUGAGAGUGUGCCGGAUGUCAUGAAAACUUUGGAAGCUCGUUUUGGACAGUCCAGGCAUAUCGUCGCUUCUCUUAUUCAAAAGGUUAAGAAAGUUCAACCUGUAAAAGAAGAGAAGUUAGAAAGUGUCAUCGAAUUUGGGACGGCGGUAGCAAAUCUCAUUUCGAUUAUCAAGGCGCUGGAUCAGAAGGACCAGUUGCACAAUCCAAGUCUGCUGCUCGAGUUGGAAUCAAAAUUAUCAAGUGCUUUGAAGAUGCAGUGGGGAACAUGGAUUAUUGGAGAUGGGCAGCGGAAACAAGAUUUAAUUCAUUUCGCUGAUUGGAUUCAAGAGAAGACCAAAGUUGCUUAUGCCAUGUGUCCCGUGGAAGUAAAAGAUGAUAAGCAGUUUAACGGCAGAUUCCAGCAGCAAAGAAAUAAACAAUCCGAUGACGAGCGCAUCUAUUCUGCAGACACAAGUGAGGUCAAGAAUCAGAAGUCAAGCUCAAAGAAUUGUGUAAUUUGUGAUAAAUCGGGUCAUGUUCAACGAGAUUGUUUCAAGUUUAAGAAGAUGACAAUUUCAGAUCGCCGUCAAGAAGCCAUGAAGAAACGGCUCUGCUAUAAUUGCCUUGGGAUUAGGCAUGAUUCCAGAAAUUGUCGUAGUUCGCAACAAUGUGGUGUGGAUGGGUGCAAAUCUAAGCAUCAUUGUCUCCUACAUAUCAGCAGCAACAGACCAGUUGAAACCAAAGCAGAAUCAACUUCAGAAUCCGUUGAAAGUGUUCAUUCCUUCGCCGAGCCAUCAUCAUCCAAAACUGGAGGUCGUCGUGGAAUACUUGGCAUUGUGAAAGUAAAAUUAUCCGGCCCGAAAGGAACAACUGAAGUGUACGCAUUAGUGGAUCCAGGUUCAACAACUGGACUGAUAGAUGAGAAAGUUGCAAAUCAAAUUGGAUUAAAGGGGCCGAGCAUUUCAAUCUGCAUAAAAGGUGUCAAGUCAACUAGUGCAACAGUGAAAUCAAGACUAGUUAAUUUAAAUAUUGCUGGAUGCUACGCUGGAGCGAAAACCUUCAAAAUGGAUUUUGUGAAGACUCUUCCUGAUUUGGAUUUGGGGCCGUUUUCUCUUAAUGUUGAACAAAUUCAAAAUCGGAAUAACCUGAUGUGUGGAUUGCCAAUAAACUCCUACAACAAUGUGAAGCCAAUGCUAUUGAUUGGAUCUGAUCAUACUUUCCUCACCGAACAUUUGAAGAUUGUGUCAGGCAAGCCAAAUGAAGCCAGGGCGUACAAGUCACGGUUGGGUUGGUAUGUGAGUGGGGCGACGUCAGGUGGGAAAUAUCAGGCAGAAAGUGUUCAUCAUGUGUGUGCUAUUAAUGACUUUCCUGUUUCACCUGAUCAAGAUGCAAUGAUGAACGACUUGAUUAAACAAAGUUUCUCAACUGAGGAUUUCGGAGUGAAGAUUGUCAAUGCGAAGCCAAGAUCCAGAGAGGAUGAAAGGGCGAUGCAAAUUAUGGAAGUCACCACCAAGAAGAUUCCCUCCGUGGACCGAUACGAGACGGGACUUUUGUGGAAAACUGAUCAUGUUCAACUUCCUGAUAGUUAUCCAACAGCUUUAGGAAGACUUCGCUGCCAGGAGAGGAAGAUGGACAAGGAUCCUGUAUUUGCAACAGCAUAUUGUAACAAGAUCCAGGAAUAUGAAGAUAAACAAUUCAUUCGUAAGCUGAGCGAAGAGGAAUUGAAUCUGACCAAAGAAGUUCAACCACUUUGGUACCUGCCUCACUUUGGAGUCAUGAAUCCUAACAAACCAGGGAAAUUAAGGCUGGUGUUUGAUGCUGCUGCGGAAUCAAAUGGAGUUAGUUUGAAUAGUAACCUCGUCCAGGGUCCUGACCUCAAUAAUACAAUUGUGUCUGUGCUACUGAAAUUUCGCCAAUAUCAGUAUGGAUUCGCUGGUGAUGUCAAAGACAUGUUUCACCGUGUGAUGAUUCAGAAAAAGGAUCGCACGGCUCAAAGAUUUCUGUGGAGGGGACAAGAUCGUGACAGGAAGCCAGACGUCUACGAAUUGGAGGUCAUGAUGUUUGGUUCGUCCUGUUCACCCAGUUGUGCUCAGUUUGUAAAAAACAAGAAUGCAAAGCAGUUCUCAUCCGAAAAUCCAGCAGCAGUAGAAGCAAUAAUAUCCAAGUUUUAUGUCGACGACUACUUGGAUUCGAAAGCUACGAAGGGAGAAGCUUGCAAAAUGAUCCAAGAUGUGAUCGAUAUUCAGAAGAAAGCAAGUUUUGAGGUCUGCAACUGGGUUACCAAUUCAGCGGAAGUCUUGAAAUCUAUUCCUGAGGAGCUUCGUGCCACCGACCUGAAGAAUUUGGACUUUGAUAAUAAUGAAAUGCCCACGGGAAGACUGCUCGGCCUCUGGUGGAAUCAAGAAAAGGAUGUGAUGACCUUCCGGUUGAACUUCUACAAAGUUCCGGAAGAAAUUAUUCAAGGUGAACGAAGACCAACGAAACGGGAAGUGCUAAAACUCGUGAUGUCAAUUUAUGACCCUCUUGGCUUCGUGGCACAUUACGUAAUUCAAGGCAAGAUUCUGCUGCAAGAGAUUUGGAGAUCGGGAAUAGGGUUUGAUGAUACUCUCACCGACAAUUUGGAUAUGAAGUGGAAACAAUUUAUUGAACAACUAAAUAAUUUGUGCAAAGUUGAACUUCCUCGUUGUUAUUCAUCAUUAAUACCGGAAGCAAGAGACAUUCAGUUGCACAUUUUCUGUGAUGCUAGUGAAAAAGCAUUUUCGUGUGUGGUAUAUUUACGAGUCACUCAAAUUAAUGCAAAAGAAGAGGAUUUAGUGGAAGUAAAUCUUGUGCUUGGGAAGACUCGCGUUUCACCAAUGAAAACUCUCAGUAUACCACGACUUGAGCUCCAGGCGGCAGUGAUGGCAGUGCGGGUCGCGAAGACAUUGAAAGAAGAAUUGGAAUUUACUGUCCAUGAAACAAUUUACUGGUCGGACUCCACUGUAGUUUUGUGUCAAAUUAGAAAUGGUGAAAGAAGAUUCAAAACUUUUGUUGCUCAUCGCAUCGGAGAAAUCCUGGAGACGUCCGAUCCAUCAGAGUGGCACUGGGUCCCUACAAAGGAAAACGUGGCUGACGACGCAACCCGUGACUCAGUGGAAGCAGAAUUGUCGCCCACUAGUAGAUGGUUCAACGGUCCAGCAUUUUUGAAGUCCCCACGAAGUGAAUGGCCGAGAGAGCUCACCAGAAAGAAAUUAGAAGAAAUUGAUCCGGCUGAACUGGAAUUAAAAGUUGAAGUUCAUGUCGCCGAGGAUGCAACGAUAAUUAGUGCACCUCAAAUUUCUCUCGAGUUAGACCAAUAUGAUGACCUUGAUUUGCUGUUAAAGAAUACAGUUUUGAUCCAACGUGAUAAUGGUGAUCAAUCGGAGCCAUCAGUUGCUGAAUUAGUGGCAGCUAAGAAAUAUUGGAUAAUGCGGAGUCAACAUGAAAGUUUCUCUGAGGAUGUGAAAACCAUGCAAGGGGGAAAGCCACUACCAAGGAAGAGUCAAAUUUACAAAUUGUCACCGUUCAUGGAAGAUGGAUACUUGAAGAUGAGAAGUCGUGUGUGUGACAAUUCAACCUAUCCCUUCAUUCUUGACCCCAGGCACAAGUUCACGAGGCUGCUGAUUGAUGAUCAACAUCGUAAAUGUGGGCAUCAAGGACGUGAAACUGUUGCAAGCGAAUUGAGGCAAGAAUUUUGGAUUUUGAGAAUGGGGAUGGCUAUCAGGAAAGCAUUUUGGGAUUGCUUAUUGUGUCGAAAGAUGAGAGCAAAACCAGUUCAACCGGAAAUGGGAGAUCUUCCGCCUGUGCGAUUGGAAAGGAAUAUUCAUCCCUUCAAAAAUACUGGAUUGGACUAUUUCGGCCCGUUCAACAUCACUAUUGGACGAAGAAGCGAGAAAAGAUGGGGUGCAUUGUUCACCUGCCUAUCAACUCGGGCAGUACAUCUUGAAAUUGCUGGAAGUUUGUCAACCGAUAGUGCUAUCAUGGCAAUCAUCCGUUUCAGCAGAAGAAGAGGGGCACCGGAAAAUAUCUAUUGUGAUAAUGGGACAAACUUCCGGGGAGCUGCAAAUGAGCUGAAACAGUUACUUGACGAAUUGAAUCAAGAAGAGAUUCACCGGAAGUUAGCUCCACGUGGUGUGCAGUGGCAUUUUUCUCCCCCAGCAGGACCGCACAUGGGGGGAGUGUGGGAGCGGCUAGUAGGGUCAGUGAAGAAAGUGCUGAAUGGGCUUCUCUGGCAUACGACAACAAAGGAGGAAACAAUUCACACAUUGUUUACCGAAGUGGAAUGGACAUUAAAUAGUCGACCACUCACUCAUGUUUCUGUUGACCCUGCAGAUCCACAACCAAUAACUCCAAAUCAUUUCCUUAUCGGAUGGAGAAAUGGUGCUCAUUUCAACAGCAAGAAUCCAGUGACCAGACUCCAAUUCGGAGAAUUUGAUGAUCAUGACCUCAGUUGUCGCAAGCAGUGGAGACGAGCUCAACGGAUGGCGGAUGUCUUCUGGACUCGAUGGACAAAGGAGUAUCUUCCCACCUUGGCUAAAAGAAAUAAGUGGAACAAGUCGGAACAAUCUGUGGAAGUUGGGGACAUUGUGGUCGUGGUGGAUGAUCAAGCUCCGAGGAACAGUUGGAUGCAAGGACGAAUCGAAGCAGUAUUUCCUGGAAAGGAUGGGGUCGUUCGUGUUGCUACUGUGAAGACCGAUGAUGGUCACACCUACCGAAGACCUGUGGUCAAGCUCUGCGUUCUCACCCGUUCAACCGAUGAAGCAAAGUGA